AUGGGAACUUGGUUGUCAGCUGAGAGGCCGGACACGCUCUCGGCAGAGAGGCCGCGACGCGCUCUCGGCAGAGAGGCCGCGACGCGCUCUCGGCAGAGAGGCCGCGACGCGCUCUCGGCAGAGAGGCCGCGACGCGCUCUCGGCAGAGAGGCCGCGACGCGCUCUCGGCCGAGAGGCCGCGACGCGCUCUCAGCCGAGAGGCCGGACGCGCUCUCAGCCGAGAGGCCGGACGCGCUCUCAGCCGAGAGGCCGGACGCGCUCUCAGCCGAGAGGCCGGACGCGCUCUCAGCCGAGAGGCCGGACGCGCUCUCAGCCGAGAGGCCGGACGCGCUCUCAGCCGAGAGGCCGGACGCGCUCUCAGCCGAGAGGCCGGACGCGCUCUCAGCCGAGAGGCCGGACGCGCUCUCAGCCGAGAGGCCGGACGCGCUCUCAGCCGAGAGGCCGGACGCGCUCUCAGCCGAGAGGCCGGACGCGCUCUCAGCCGAGAGGCCGGACGCGCUCUCAGCCGAGAGGCCGGACGCGCUCUCAGCCGAGAGGCCGGACGCGCUCUCGAGAGGCCGGCCGCUCUCAGCCGAGAGGCCGGACGCGCUCUCAGCCGAGAGGCCGGACGCGCUCUCAGCCGAGAGGCCGGACGCGCUCUCAGCCGAGAGGCCGGACGCGCUCUCAGCCGAGAGGCCGGACGCGCUCUCAGCCGAGAGGCCGGACGCGCUCUCAGCCGAGAGGCCGGACGCGCUCUCAGCCGAGAGGCCGGACGCGCUCUCAGCCGAGAGGCCGGACGCGCUCUCAGCCGAGAGGCCGGAGGCCGCCGGACGCGCUCUCAGCCGAGAGGCCGGACGGCUCUCAGCCGAGAGGCCGACGCGCUCUCAGCCGAGAGGCCGGACGCGCUCUCAGCCGAGAGGCCGGACGCGCUCUCAGCCGAGAGGCCGGACGCGCUCUCAGCCGAGAGGCCGGACGCGCUCUCAGCCGAGAGGCCGGAGGCCGAGAGGCCGGACGCGCUCUCAGCCGAGAGGCCGGACGCGCUCUCAGCCGAGAGGCCGGACGCGCUCUCAGCCGAGAGGCCGGACGCGCUCUCAGCCGAGAGGCCGGACGCGCUCUCAGCCGCUCUCAGCCGAGGCCGGACGCGCUCUCAGCCGAGAGGCCGGACGCGCUCUCAGCCGAGAGAGGCCGGACGCGCUCUCAGCCGAGAGGCCGGACGCGCUCUCAGCCGAGAGGCCGGACGCGCUCUCAGCCGAGAGGCCGGACGCGCUCUCAGCCGAGAGGCCGGACGCGCUCUCAGCCGAGAGGCCGGACGCGCUCUCAGCCGAGAGGCCGGACGCGCUCUCAGCCGAGAGGCCGGACGCGCUCUCAGCCGAGAGGCCGGACGCGCUCUCAGCCGAGAGACGCGCUCUCAGCCGAGAGGCCGGACGCGCUCUCAGCCGAGAGGCCGGACGCGCUCUCAGCCGAGAGGCCGGACGCGCUCUCAGCCGAGAGGCCGGACGCGCUCUCAGCCGAGAGGCCGGACGCGCUCUCAGCCGAGAGGCCGGACGCGCUCUCGAGAGGCCGGACGCGCUCUCAGCCGAGAGGCCGGACGCGCUCUCAGCCGAGAGGCCGGACGCGCUCUCAGCCGAGAGGCCGGACGCGCUCUCAGCCGAGAGGCCGGACGCGCUCUCAGCCGAGAGGCCGGACGCGCUCUCAGCCGAGAGGCCGGACGCGCUCUCAGCCGAGAGGCCGGACGCGCUCUCAGCCGAGAGGCGCUCUCGGACGCGCUCUCAGCCGAGAGGCCGGACGCGCUCUCAGCCGAGAGGCCGGACGCGCUCUCAGCCGAGAGGCCGGACGCGCUCUCAGCCGAGAGGCCGGACGCGCUCUCAGCCGAGAGGCCGGACGCGCUCUCAGCCGAGAGGCCGGACGCGCUCUCAGCCGAGAGGCCGGACGCGCUCUCAGCCGAGAGGCCGGACGCGCUCUCAGCCGAGAGGCCGGACGCGCUCUCAGCCGAGAGGCCGGACGCGCUCUCAGCCGAGAGAGGCCGGACGCGCUCUCAGCCGAGAGGCCGGACGCGCUCUCAGCCGAGAGGCCGGACGCGCUCUCAGCCGAGAGGCCAGCCGAGAGGCCGGACGCGCUCUCAGCCGAGAUCGAAUCUUCCCAUAG